CAAAAUAAACAACAAUUACGAUUUUCGCGCAUUUCGUUUCGUGAUUAUUUUGUGAUUUAUGGUGAAAAACGUCGACUUAUUUGUAAUUUGUAAUUUGUUUAUUUAUUCUUACGGUAACUUGUUAGUUUACACUUUUUAUCAAGUCAAGGAACUUAUUCUGAGAAAUGAUGCAAGCAUUAGCAAAUGAACAUUGUUUGACCUGUUUCCAAAGUAAAAAUCAAUCACUUUUGAGGAUACAAAGCGAAGAAACCCGUGGCAUUGAGGGUGCUUUGAGUAAGCACUUCUGGUUCACGAAAGAUGACAUCCGUCAGGCUCACAUUUGUCUGCCCUGCUGGAAGCAGGUCGACAGCUUCCAUCGAUUCCAUGAAACCGUUGAGAAACUGUACGAGAGAGGCUCCAGCGGCGAAAUGUCCCCAUCAAAAGUCUUGGUCAAAAGCGAACCACAAAAUGAGGAAGCGUUCGAUUUCCUGGACGAGAAUGAUGACUCGAUGACGGAAGGUAUCAAACAAGAACCGGAAGCUUAUUCCUGGGAUGAGACAAUGGAUGGCCAGGAGGACAUUAUCGCCGACGUCGUCAAAGAAGAAGCCUCAGCUUGGGCUGUGGAAAUGAAUGCCGGAAGUGAUUCGGAACAAAGCGAUACAGAAAACGAAUUGAAAGACCUAGAAGUGGCUAUGCAAAACAAUCCCAGAACCAAGACGAAGGAAGAGCGCUGGAAGGAGGACGAAUACAUCCGGGAGCACGUGAAGUACACCUGCGAGCAGUGCGGGACGACCAGCUUAACGUUCACAAUGUUCCUGAAGCAUGCAUCCGAGGCGCACGGGAACAAGAAGGCUUUCGUCGUGUGCUGUGGGAAUCGAUUCUACAAGAAAAUACGGCUGUACCAACAUGUCCAGUGGGUGAACAAUCCGGAAACGUUUCGCUGUGAAGCGUGCAAGAGGAAUUACGGCAAUGCUGAAGGUAUUAGGAGACACAUGAAGGAGUUUCACGCGACUGAGGAUGAGAAAAAGUUCAAAUGCGAUAGAUGCGACCAAAGCUUUGCCCGGCAGUACAAGUUCAAGCUGCACGUACAGGACCACAUCAACUGGGACAAUCAGAACCUCAAGUGUGAACAUUGCGACAAGACCUACAAGUCGGUGCAUAUUUUGAAUAAUCACAUCAAAUUGUACCAUACGCAACCCACGACCUUCAUCUGCGACAUAUGCGCCAAGGGAUUCCAUUUGAAGUCGCAUUUCAUUAAGCAUAAAAUGGAACACGAUGCACCCGACCAGUUGAAAAUGCAGUGUACAAUUUGCUCACGAUGGCUCAAAAAUCGCGAAAACUGGCGAAGGCACAUGCAGAUGCACAGGGGCACGGAAAUGAAGUGUCCACAUUGCGGUCACAUGUCGCCGCAUGCCCGCGCCCUCAAAGGGCACAUCCGGCGGCAGCACAACGAGCAGAAACCGAUUCACAGUUGCCAGUUCUGUUCGAAGACUUUUGUGCAGCUAAUUUCGCUGAAGGAACACAUAGCGGCCAUCCACGUGGACGAUGCUCUGUACAACUGUCCGUUCUGUUCGAAAUCGUUCAAUUCUAGUUCCAAUAUGCACACGCACAAGAAGCGGAUGCACCCAAAUGAGUGGCUUGAAGAGCAUAAUAAUUAUCGCACCACAAUGACGAUAUUAAUAAGUAGGAAACGACCGCUCGCCGUGAUGACCCUGGCUGCGAUCCUAUUAGUGUGCGUAGUCACGCUCGCAGCCGCCCAGUCAUCAUCCCAAUUGACCUGCCCGGGAAAAACGACCUGCCGGGAAUGCAUCCAGACGAGCAACUGCCGCUGGUGCACUCAGGCCAAUUUCACUAAGCCACGAUGCCACGGGCACGAUAUCGGUUACUGCCCGGAGGAGUACACGGUUGACCCGAGCAACGAAGCGAUCACCCUGAUCGCCAGGGAACUGAGCAAACCGACCAAAGUGGGUGGAGGAGGAGCCGGUGGAGGUUAUGAAGCGGAGAUGUCCGGCAGUUCGCACUGGUCAUCGUCCUCUUCGUCGCACUCCAGUUCGUCGUCUUCGUCAUCCUCGUCCGGACACAUGAGCGCCAGCGGGCACAACAUUGUCCAGAUUUAUCCCCAGAGAGUUCAGCUGAAGUUAAGAUUGAACGAAGUCUACCGAUUGGGCGUCAAGUACUCGCAAGCCGAAGACUACCCCGUGGAUCUGUACUACCUCAUGGACUUGUCCAAAUCCAUGGAGGACGACAAGGAAAAGCUUUCCUCCCUUGGUGCCCAGCUGGCCGAGGAGAUGCAGAAGAUCACGUCCAACUUCCGGCUCGGGUUCGGCUCGUUUGUCGACAAGGUCCUGAUGCCGUACGUUUCAACCGUACCGAAGAAUCUCCGCGAACCAUGUCCCCAAUGUGCAGCUCCCUACGGCUACCACAAUCUCAUGCCCCUCAGUGUGGACACCCAUCGGUUUACAGAAGAGGUCGAGAGGGCGGCAGUUUCCGGUAAUUUGGACGCUCCGGAGGGUGGCUUCGAUGCGAUCAUGCAAGCCGUGGUCUGCCGUGAGCAGAUCGGUUGGCGCGAGAUGGCCCGUCGUCUGUUGGUGUUCUCGACCGAUGCCGGAUUCCACUACGCUGGUGAUGGAAAGCUUGGAGGCGUGAUUACGCCAAACGAUGGCGAAUGCCACCUGGACAAAACUGGACGGUACACCCACUCAACGAUUCACGACUAUCCGAGCAUUUCGCAGAUCAACCUGAAGGUGAAGCAGAACGCGAUUAACGUGAUCUUCGCUGUAACGCAGAAUGAGCUGUCGGUAUACGAGCGACUGUCGAAAUUGGUAGAGGGUUCCUCGGCGGCCAUGUUGUCCAACGAUUCGUCCAAUAUCGUGUCGCUGGUUCGCGAUGAGUACAAUAAAAUAUCUUCGUCCGUGGAAAUGAAAGACAAUCGAACGGAUAGCCUCAUCGACGUCAAGUAUUAUUCGCGUUGCAAGGGCGAUGGUCCGUUGGUACAAACGAGCAAGUGUGACGGUCUUAAGGUUGGAGAUAUUGUCAACUUUGAGGCUCACAUAACCCUGUUGAAGUGUCCAGAAAACCCCCGAGAUUGGAAUCAGAUUCUGCAGAUCUACCCGAUUGGUAUCAACGAGAGUUUAACGGUCGACAUUGAGAUGCUCUGUAGUUGUCCGUGCGAACUCCCGGGAAAUCCAGACUACAAGGAAUACGCCGAAGAGUGCAGUGGAGUGGGAACGUAUAAAUGCGGAAUCUGUGACUGUGACGAGUUCCACCAUGGGCACAAGUGCGAAUGUUCGGCUACGGAUAUUCACACCGAGUCUGGCUUUGCCGAGAACUGUCGACAGACGAAUACGUCGAUCGAGUGUAGCGGACGGGGACAGUGCGUCUGCGGAGUGUGCGACUGUGAUAAACGGGUGAACCCUGAGGAGAUAAUCUCGGGUACGUUCUGUGAGUGCGAUAACUUCUCAUGCGAUCGUAACAAUGGCUUGUUGUGCUCUGGACCGAAGCAAGGCGUCUGCUCCUGCGGAGAGUGCGUCUGUGCCGAAGGCUGGACGGGUGCAGCUUGCGAUUGCAAGGCCACGAACGAAAGCUGUAUUCCUCCGUCCGGUGGAGAGAUCUGUUCCGGUCACGGAACAUGCGAGUGCGGAAGCUGCAGAUGCAAGAUAACUGAGGAGGGACGUUACUCUGGCCGUUUCUGUGAGAAAUGCCCGACCUGUUCGGGACGUUGUAAUGAGUUCAAGCACUGUGUACAGUGUCAGAUGUACAAGACAGGUCCUCUUGCUGACCCGGAUGACUGUGCGACCAACUGCACUUUGUUCGUACCGACUGGGGUAAAGAAGGUUGAGAUCGAUGAAGAGAAGGACGACAACAAGUGUACCUUCUUUGACGAGGAUGAUUGUCGAUACGAAUUCUCUUACAACGAUAGUGGAGAGAAAAUCGUGGUGAAGGCCCAGGAAGAACGGGAAUGCCCACCUAAAGUUUUCAUGCUGGGUAUUGUGUUGGCAGUUAUUGCGGCCGUUGUACUGAUCGGCUUGGCAGUCCUUCUGUUGUGGAAACUGUUAACCACAAUUCACGAUCGACGAGAGUUCGCCCGCUUCGAAAAGGAACGAAUGAUGGCUAAGUGGGACACGGGUGAGAAUCCAAUCUACAAACAAGCGACAACUACUUUCAAAAAUCCAACGUACGCCGGCAAGUAAACGGAAGCCAUGUUGGAAAAGCGCCUACAAAAGUUUAGCCAACAAAUUUGGUCAAGAAAUUCAAACCCCGUUUUCCGAACAUUUUGCAGAAGAAGCGUGAUUUUGUCGGACGAUACUAGUCUGUAACUUUCUCUUUGGAAAGCCCUAUCUUUCAAUGAAAUCAGCAUUUGAUUGAGCCAACAAAAUCACCCGAAUCAGUCAUUUGUCCUUCUGCAAGACUCUUGGAAAAGGAUAUCUUUUUGGACGACAUGGAAAUUAAUCAAAAAAAUUGCUAUUCGAUUUGUCAAGCUGACGAUGGCGAUUCGCCUCAAAGCAAAUAUGAUGAAAAGCCUUACAAAAAGUGUAAUUUGUAAAACCGCCUUUUGCCGAAGUAGAAUAUAGAAAACAAAUCAUAAAGACUAAUGACAAAUCCUAGGUACGUAAAAAAAACGAUAUAACUGUUUGAAAGUUGUCACCGAAGUUCAUAGUAACGCAUCUGCAAACAAUACUGAAGUGUACUUAUUUAACGCGCAAAUUUGCCUAAACAAGUGAAAACAUUUUAAACCAAGCCAAAAUUUUACAAAGCAAUAAUUACGACGAUUGACCCGAAUAUUGGAAAAAGAGUUGCUGGAAGGAGCGAGUUAUUACGCAUGGAUCGACAUGUGCUGCCAUUUUUAAUUUAGUGAUCGAACGGCGACUCCAGACGAAUCCAUCUCCAGCUUGCGAGGUGUGGAGUUCAGGUUGGGUUUGCUUCCCGUCAAGUGACGACAGAUUCCUUUGCUGUGCCAAGGGAGCGAGAAAUUGUUUUAACGAGAAUUUUUUAAUAUAUACGUUUUUAUAGAUAAUUUUUUAAAACCAGAUUUGUAUUAACAAAAGUGUCAAAUUUUUAGAAGUAAAAUAACGCACACAGAACGAGCGUAACACACAGGUUUAUUUAUAGUUUUAUAUUGCGUGUUUGUGAAGAUCCAUUUUUACUUAACAUUAUUCAUCAAAAAAAAACGAUCAUUUGGUUCUGUACGCUAGUUCAAAUUUCAUGUACAUAAUUUAUUUUCUUUGUCGAAUGCAAAACAAGAUUUCAUAUAUUGGUAAAUCACCGAAUCAAACGUAUUAACAAGUCGAUCUACAAAAAGGUUAAUAUUUAAUGAAGUGAAAAUUGUAUGGUAGACGAUACCGAUAGGUAUCGAAUAAAUGUAUUGAAAUAGAGCUAACUCUAACAGUAGGAUGA